GGCCGCUCUCUUGAGUAAGAUCGACCAUCUGAUCCAAGGCUGAUCUCGCACGAGGUGACAUUUCGGGAGCCUCGCGGUGCACAUUAGAUCCUGAAAUAUAUAUAUACAUAUAUAUAUACAUACAUAUAUGUCAUACAUAUAUACACGCGCGUGACUUCGCGUCGCGGUGACGUGGAUCCGUAAAACGGAUCGAGUAGUCUGCGAAGUCCGACCGCUCGCAACCGACGCAUAUAAUACCCAGGGACCAGGGUAUUCCGCAAUCGCCUAUCUUCACACGCCACACGCAAUGUCCCUGUCCGCUAGACUGCUCGCCGCUGUCAGGCGCUGCGCGUCGCUCGACGGUGCCCGGCACCAGGUGGUCGCCAGGUGCGCGUCGACGUGCGGCGCGCGCCGCGACAGCGACAGCACCAUCAAGAAGUCAGUAUUCAUAUCGCAAUCCACGAAUGUGUUCGUCAACCUGGCGCUGGAGCACUGGCUGUAUCGCAACUUCGACUUCUCCAAGCAUCACGUGCUGCUCCUCUGGCGGAACGACCCCUGCGUGGUCUUCGGCCGCCAUCAGAAUCCCUGGCACGAGUGCAACGUUCACGCGGCCGAGAAGGCGGACAUUGCGCUGGCGCGCCGAAACAGCGGCGGCGGUACCGUUUACCACGACAACGGCAAUCUCAACCUGACGUUCUUCACUCCGCGUGAGCGGUACAAUCGGAAGUACAAUCUCAACAUCAUCACGAACGCCUUGUUUCGCCAGUGGGGCCUGAAGAGCGUGAUCAACGAACGCGAUGACAUUCUGAUCAAUGGAGACUGCAAGGUACUUUUUUAAUGCAACGUAUUUACACAAAAAGAAAAAUUUAUUUCACU